AUUAGUCUAUUAGAGAAGAAGAAGGAAAAAAUAAAAAAAACAAAGCCUGACUUAUCAUUAAGAAUUCCUAAUGAGUUUAACAUAACAUUUACUAAGAAAUGCAUUGCAAAAAUGUAGGAUUGGUUCUUCAAAAGAAACAGCAUGCUUCAACAACUAUAAAGAGAGUACUUGGCUCAUAGAAAAGAGUCAACUUACAGGUCGAGACGAAAUAGCCUGAGCGAUUUUGAUAUACGCCUGUAAAAUUAACAAAAGAAGUAAUAUAAGAAAUCCAACUCAACGAACAAAGAAGAAGCCGGGAGUAGAAAAGUUUAUUCUAAUUUUCACAGUACCGGAAAUGCAAGGACAGCCUGGACCCAGAAGGAUUGAGCUGCCAUUGGCUUUGAGCCAAGCGAUGAACAGUGAGGGAAGCACCAAGCUUUAUAUAUCUAACUUGGACUAUGAUGUUACCAAUCGAGAUAUAGAGUUGCUCUUCUCUGAGGUUGGCGAAUUGGAAAGGCACUCAAUCCAUUAUGAUAAAAGUGGAAGAUCUAAGGGAACAGCUGAAGUUGUCUAUAAGCACUAUUCAGAUGCUCUAGCAGCAAUCGAGAGAUACAACAAUCAGCAUCUUGAUGGAAAGAAAGUGGAAAUUAAGCUUGUGGGACUCAAUGUUGUUUCUCCUGUUCCUCUGCUUCUGCCUCCAAAUACAAAUUUCAUGCAAGAACAUCCAACUCCCGUCUUCCAGAGGCUAGGAAGAGCUGGUUCAAGGGGAUCGUUUCAUGGUCAUGGUGGUGUUGGACUUGAAAGAGGCUGUGGACAGGUGAGAAAUGGUGGUCCGAAGGUUACUACAGAAUCUCAGCAAUGGAAGAAUGUGACUGCAGAAAAUUAGCAUAGGAAGAAUGUGAUUACAGAAUCUGUUAAAAGGAAGAAAACAUUUUAUGGAGAUACAACUGUGACUUUUGAUGAUCUGGAUGCUGAUUUGGAAAAAUACCGCCUAAAAUGUAGGCCGGUAAACUGAAAUCACAGUUAGAUGACAGACAUGGUAGUUUAGGGGAAGGCAAACUGGUAAUAUAUAACAUAUAGAUGGAUAUGGAGCACUACCUAUUAGCAUUUCUUGCUCCCUUGAAUUAUAUCUUACAGUUUGUCUGGUAUUUAGUACCACUUUUGUGCUGGGAUGCAAAAGAAGUUUGUUACAAAGUCACCCCUUCAAUUAGUAACAAGGA